CUAUGAAUAAUAGAUGGGACUCUAGAGUUCACUCCCGCGACCACCCCCCCUGCACCACUCCAAACCCAUUCAAUCAUCACCAAGUGAAUGGAGAGAGGCAGGAAAAGCGCUCAGCCUCUCUGAGUCUGUGCCCGUAAACGUAACAUCUGUUGCAGGAAGCAAAGGUGAACUGUAGUCUCUCUCUGGCUCAGAGCGAGGGCACACGGCAUGUGAUGGCUGGCUCGUUUUUGGUCAGUGGUCAUUUCCACGCGGAAGCUCCUUUACGCGCCGUUUAAUUCCAUAUACCACACCGCUUGGAUAUUUUUUUUUUUUUUUUAGACAUUCACACUAAGAUGAUUUAUUUAUUUGUAAAUGUCUUAAGUUAUCCUCAUUGAUGAGUUUGCCUUAGACCUGUAGUCUAAUCCAACAACAUGGAACUGGACAGUGUUAUUGUUUCCUUUUUCCUCAUAUUUAUUCAAGAGGCUCACGCAGUGCGUUAUGACACCGCCAACAAUCUACAGCCCUACAUGCCCAACGUGUGCUUGGACAGAGAGAUGACACUGGUUGCCCACAGGCAGCCGUGUGUGCAGGCCUUCACACGCAUGGUUAAAGUGUGGAAGCAGGGCUGUGUGGGUCAGUCAUGGUGCAUGGGAUAUGAGAGAAGGACGGCGUACUACACAGCGUACAGACAGGUCUACAGACAGGAUUAUGAGACUGUGUACAAGUGCUGCCCUGGAUGGUCUCAUCUUAAUGGAGAAGCGGGUUGUCUUUAUCCUGUGUGUCGCUACGGCGUUUGCUUCAAUGGCGGCCGAUGUCGGGAGGGAUCCACCCAGCUGUGUGACUGUCUCGCAGGGUUCAACGGACCGAGUUGCCAGUAUGAUGUGAACGAGUGUGAGGAGACCAACGGUGGCUGCGAGGCUCUCUGCUGUAACACCAUCGGAAGCUUCUACUGCAGGUGUCCUCCAGGACACAUACUGAACGAGGACGGCAAGACAUGUCGGGACGUUGAUGAAUGCCAGGUCCAUAAUGGAGGCUGCCAGCACAGAUGUAUUAACACCAGAGGCUCCUACUAUUGUGAAUGCCACCCGGGCUCCCGUCUGCAUGUGGACGGCCGCACCUGCCUCCCGGUGCACUCGUGUGCCAUCAGCAACGGAGGAUGCGAACACUACUGCGUGCAGCAGUCUGCUGCCCAUUUCCGCUGCCGCUGCAAGCCGAGUCACUUGCUGUCGGAGGAUGGCAAGCACUGCAAACUGCAGAACCCGUGUGCAGAUCACAACGGAGGCUGCAUGCACCUUUGUCGAGUCGAUGAUAGCAGAGCUCACUGUGACUGUAAAGCUGGUUAUAUCCUUAAUGAAGACGGGAAAACCUGUGCAGAUAUUGAUGAGUGUGAGACAGAAGCAGCCAACUGUGCUCACGGCUGCCACAACACUCUGGGCUCGUACGCCUGCGUUUGUAACACAGCCUAUGAACUGGGUUCUGAUGGAAAACAGUGCUACAAAAUCGAGAUGGAGAUUGUGAACAGCUGUGAAAACAACAACGGCGGAUGUUCACACCAUUGCCAGCAUUCAAACAAUGGUCCUGUCUGCUCCUGUAACCAAGGUUACAGAUUAGAUGUGGACCUUAAAACCUGUGUUGACGUCGACGAGUGUGGAGAGCAGAGCUACUGCUGCGAGCAGGACUGCACCAACUACCCCGGAGGCUAUGAGUGCUACUGCUCUGCAGGAUACAGACUCAACUCGGAUGGAUGUAGCUGUGAUGAUGUGGAUGAGUGUCUGGCCAGUAACGCUGGUUGUGAUCACACAUGCCAGAACAGUGCAGGCUCCUUCCAGUGUUUCUGCCACUCGGGUUUCCGUCUGGACGAAGACCGGCAAUCGUGCACCCCACUAGAAAAUGCAAUUGAGGCCCUCUCCAGUGGAGGUGCUAUGGAGCUGCCUCUCCAUCGCCCUCAGAUCAUGUUACUACAUGACUACAGCCAACCUCUGGAGCGCUACGAUGACUACGAAGAUGACGAGGGGGAACUGAGGGCCGAAAAUAACUUGGCAGAGAAAUUUGUGUGUUUGGACGACACCUUUGGACACGACUGCAGUUUGACAUGUGAUGACUGUUCAAAUGGAGGGAAAUGUAAUCUUUGGAAGAACGGCUGUGAUUGUCCGGAUGGAUGGACAGACGUCAUCUGCAACCAGACUUGUCCUGAAGGAUUCUUUGGCAAAAACUGCUCCUUUCCCUGUAAGUGUAAAAACGGAGCCAGCUGUGACCCUGUGACUGGGAGCUGCCGCUGUCCUCCAGGAGUCAGUGGAGAUUUGUGCCAGGAUGGUUGUCCAAAGGGCUUCUAUGGAAAACAAUGCAACAAGAAGUGUAACUGUGCAAAUAAUGGACGCUGCCACCGAACAUAUGGAGCCUGUCUGUGCGAUCCAGGACUGUACGGGCGCUUCUGCCACCUUCCUUGUCCUAAGUGGAUGUUUGGACCCGGCUGCUCCGACGAGUGUCACUGUGUCCAGCAGAACACUCUGGAAUGUCACCGUCGUUAUGGCACCUGUGUCUGUAAACCGGGUUACCAGGGCAACACCUGCAAGGAAGAAUGUAACCCGGGUAAGUUUGGAGCUGGCUGUGAGAAGACAUGCUCCUGUCCCCCAGGAGUGUCUUGUGACCAUGUGACAGGAAAGUGUCAGCGUAAGUGUCCCCCUGGUCAUCAUGGGGAGAACUGUGAUCAAGACAAUGUCCCGCUGUGUGUCUUUGUAUCAGACUGUCCAGAGGGGACAUUUGGGACCGGUUGCGUUCAUUCUUGCAACUGCACGAGUGCCCCAUGUGACAAGGUGACAGGACAAUGCAAGUGUCCAGCAGGGACGUCAGGAAAACACUGCGAGAGCUUGUGUCAGGAGGGAUUUUGGGGUCCAGGUUGCAGAGAAACCUGUCCUGCGUGUGAGAACAGCGCCUCGUGUGAUAAACACAACGGUUCCUGUCUCUGUCCUCCUGGAUUCAUGGGACAACUCUGCCAAAACUCCUGCCCGAGUGGACGGUUUGGUCAAGAAUGCCAAAUGAAGUGUGUGUGUGAGAACAACGCUCGGUGCGACCCGGUGACUGGACUGUGUACCUGCCCUCCUGGCUGGACUGGACACAACUGCAGAAAGGCGUGCGAUGCAGGACACUGGGGAGCCGACUGUGCGCAAACCUGCGACUGCAGAAACGGAGACGGCAGCUGCGACGCUGCGACGGGCCAGUGCAACUGUGAGGCUGGUUACACGGGAACACGCUGCCAACAGAAAUGUCCCGCGGGUAUGUUUGGUCUCGGUUGUCGACACCGGUGUCAGUGUGACAACAGCGCUCUGUGUGACCAUGUGAGCGGAGCUUGUACCUGCCAGAUGGGAUGGACUGGAAGCUUCUGCGAAAAGCCUUGUCCUCAGGGUUUCUUUGGACUCGACUGUCAGGAGAAAUGCUUGUGUCUCAACGGCGGGAGCUGCGAUCAUGUCAGCGGAGUUUGCUCCUGUACGGCCGGCUGGAUCGGUCCAUUCUGCAACCUGACUUGCCCGACAGGUUUCUACGGCGAAGGAUGUAACCAAACCUGCAGCUGCGGUAACAGCGGCAUCUGCCACCCGGCCACUGGGCAGUGUGUGUGCACACCAGGCUGGACCGGACCCACAUGCUCAGAAGAAUGCCCUGCAGGGUUUUACGGAGCGGACUGUCGACAGCGCUGCUUGUGCCAGAAUGGAGCCACCUGUAAUAAGACCAGUGGAAAAUGUGCAUGUGCCAGUGGAUGGACGGGUACAGCCUGUGAACUCGAAUGUGUAGCGGGUCGGUUCGGAGCGGACUGCCAGCAGCAGUGUCGAUGUGAGAAUGGUGGCCAGUGUGAGAGACUGACCGGACGGUGCAGCUGCGGUGCCGGCUGGAUUGGAGAGCACUGUGAGGAAGCAUGUGAGGUGGGCCUGUUCGGUUCUGGCUGUGAGGAGCGAUGCCAUUGUGUGCACGGUGUUUCGUGUCACCACGUCACUGGAGAGUGUCAGUGUCCGCCGGGCUGGAGAGGAAAACUCUGUGACAAAGUGUGUUUGCCUGGUACGUACGGUACGAACUGUGUGCAGCACUGCAGCUGUGCUGCGGGGACGUCCUGUCACCAUGUUACUGGAGAGUGUGGCUGUCCUCCUGGAUUCACUGGCAACGGCUGUGAACAGAUUUGUCUUCCAGGGACCUUUGGGCACAACUGUAACCACGUCUGCCAGUGCUCGCAGACAAACCAACACUGCCACCCUGUGUCAGGCUCGUGUUACUGCGCCCCAGGUUUCCAGGGUCCCAACUGUGAGCAAGCAUGUGACGAUCGUCGUUAUGGUCCCAACUGUGAACGAGUGUGCAAGUGUGAAAAUGGAGGGAAGUGCGUGCCGUCCACCGGAGCCUGUGAAUGUCCGGCAGGAUUUAUAGGAGCACGCUGCAACAUCACAUGUCCAGCCCAGCGCUACGGAGUUGACUGUGCUCGGGUGGCAGUGUGUGGAGACGGAUCCCAGAGUGACCCGGUUACUGGUCAGUGCGAGUGCCUCCCUGGGACGAGAGGAGAGAACUGUGAACGUGGUGAGUCUGUGUCUCUGAGACUAGGAUGAACUCAUACCUCAUUAAAACUGCCCUCAAAACACA